AUGGGGAAGUUUUUCGGCCUUCGCGGCCACUGGCUCAAUUAUGCCAUAGGUAUCAUCGCAGGAUGCGAUUUCCUGCUUUUUGGAUACGAUCAGGGUGUAAUGGGUGGCAUCCUCACCAUGCCUCAGUUUCUUGCAGACUUCCCCGACAUAAACCCAAACGGCGCCCCAAAGAAUUCUCCUGAAGCAGCAAGGCGAUCCUCUAACCAAGGAAUCUCCGUCGCUGCGUAUAACUUGGGAUGCUUUUUCGGCGCUGUCACCACCAUUUUCAUAUCCAACCCUCUCGGCCGGAGGCGCAUGAUCAUGCUCGGUACCUCCAUCAUGGUCGUCGGUGCCAUCUUACAGGCUAGUGCUACGACCCUCCCGCACUUCAUUAUCGGCCGUAUCAUCACUGGUUUCGGAAACGGAGGUAACACCUCAACUAUUCCCACCUGGCAAUCCGAGACCUCGCGCUCCCACAAACGAGGCAAGCUAGUCAUGAUAGAAGGUGCUCUAAUCACUUGCGGUAUCAUGGUCAGUUACUGGAUAGAUCUUGGCUUCAGUUUCAUUGAAAACAGCAGCGUCGCCUGGAGAUUCCCUCUAGCCUUCCAGAUAUUAUUCUGCUUGUUCAUUCUAUCCUUUGUUUGGAACUUGCCGGAGUCGCCAAGAUGGUUGAUCCUCAAGGACCGCGAGGAAGAGGCACUGGAAGUCCUCGCGGCACUAUCCGAUGCUCCUCCCGAUGCCCUGGAGGUAAAGAAUGAGUUUAUAGCUAUUAAGGAGACCGUCAUCGAAAUGAACAAAGGCACUUUCCGCGACCUAUUCACCAUGGAUAAAGACCGGAACUUCCACCGAACUCUGCUUGCUUUUGUCAACCAAAUGUACCAGCAAAUCUCCGGUAUCAACCUUAUCACCUACUAUGCCCCUGUGAUCUACAGUGGUUUAGGCAUGAGCGAUUUCAUGGCCCGGCUCCUUGCGGCUAUCAACGGGACGGAGUAUUUCCUCGCUUCAUGGCCAGCUGUGUUCAUCGUUGAGCGUGUCGGCCGCCGAAACCUUAUGCUUUUCGGAGCUGCUGGACAGUCCAUGAGUAUGGCGGUCUUGGCGGGUGUUAAUUCUGCACCAGACAACAAGAGCGCGCAAGCCUGCGCUGUCGCAUUCCUGUUUGUUUUCAAUACCUUUUUCGCCAUUGGUUGGUUAGGAAUGACUUGGUUGUAUCCUGCCGAGAUCACGACUCUCAGAACCCGUGCGCCGGCAAACGCGCUGUCGACGUCAUCAAACUGGAUCUUCAACUUCCUAGUGGUGAUGAUCACGCCAGUCGCUUUCAACAGCAUCGGGUACCAGACGUACAUCAUCUUCGCAGUUAUCAACGCGUUCAUCGUGCCGACGGUGUACUUCUUCUUCCCCGAGACGGCGUACCGCUCCCUCGAGGAGAUGGACUCCAUAUUCCACAAGGUGCACGGCGGGAAGGGCUACUUCACCGUCGUCCACGUCGCCGCGAAAGAGCCCCGCCGCUACGGAAAGAACGGCGAGCUUCUCAUCGCGUACGAGGAGACUGAGGAGCACAAGGCUCGCGUCGGCCCGCGCCACGAGCACCACGAGAAUGGCAGCGGGUCCGCGUCGAUCAACGACACAGAGAAGGCCCAGGGAGGCAUGUUCAUCGAGAACAACGGGGCUCAGUAG